GGCCACAACUCACCUAAAAAUAAAAAAUAUCUCUCUUGUACACACAAAUUUGUGAAAUUGACAAGCAAAAUAUAAAGGGACCACGAACACAGUCCUCCGGCCACAAACACACCAACCACAAACACAAACACAAUAAGUAUCACUAGUGAAUUCACACACUCCACAAUAAAUCAACAAUGGAGGCCAGCAAAUGGACGGCGACGGCGGCGAGCAUCUGGAUCCAGUGCAGCUGCGGCGCAUCCUACGCCUUCGGCAUCUACUCUCCGAUCCUCAAAUCCUCCCAAAACUACGACCAAUCCAUGCUCGACACCAUCUCCGUCUUCAAGGACAUUGGCGCCAACGCCGGCGUCCUCUCCGGCCUCCUUUACUCCGCCGUCUGCCGCCGCGGCGCCGCGCCGAGGACCUGGAUCGUGCACGCCGCCGGCGCGGCGCAGUGCCUGGUCGGCUACUUCUUCCUCUGGCUGGCCGUCACCGGCGCAAUUCCGCAGCCGCACGUGGCGGCCGUGUGCCUCUUCAUGUUCCUCGCCGCGCACGCGCAGACGUUCUUCAACACGGCGAACGUCGUCACCGCCGUCGAGAAUUUUCCGGCGUAUAGCGGCACCGUCGUCGGGAUUAUGAAGGGCUUCCUUGGGUUGAGUGGUGCAGUUAUCAUACAAGUUUACCAGACAUUAUUCCCAGAAAAACCAACCACAUUCCUCCUCAUGCUCGCCUUCGUUCCAUCCCUCCUCUCCCUCGCCCUCAUGUUCUUCGUCCGAGCUCACCACACUUCCUCUGCAGAUCACGAUAAGACAUACUUGAAUGGCUUCUCGCUCAUCUCCAUGGUCGUUGCCGCAUAUGUCAUGCUCCUAAUCAUCGUAGAAAAUGUGUUGGUCCUCGCCCCUUGGAUGCGCGUUUUCACACUGACGAUCCUCUUCCUCAUCCUCUCCUCACCCCUCCACGUAGCCGUCAAGGCAAACAAACACGAAACAGAGAAACAGAAUUCACUCCCCAGUUUGAAGGCCCCUCUGAUAGUGGACAAUGAAACAAGAAAACCAAACGAAACCAAUGAUCACGAGAUGAACCUCAUGCAAGCUCUCCGCACUCUGAGCUUUUGGCUGCUGUUUGUUGCCAUGUUGUGCGGGAUGGGGUCGGGGCUUGCCACGAUCAACAACAUCAGCCAGAUCGGGGAGUCCCUGGGCUACACCGCGGUGGAGAGGAGCACACUAGUGUCACUGUGGAGCAUAUGGAACUUCCUUGGCCGGGUCGGGGCAGGGCUCAUGUCGGACACCUUCCUUCACAAGAAAGGCUACCCGAGGCCGUUGUUUAUGACUGUGACUCUGGCAGCCAUGACUGCUGGCCACGUCAUCAUUGGAUCAGGUUUCCCAGGAAACCUGUACGUGGGAUCCGUGGUGGUCGGCAUCUGCUACGGGUCGCAGUGGUCGCUUAUGCCUACCAUCACCUCUGAGAUAUUCGGGGUGCGGCAUAUGGGGACAAUAUUCAAUACGAUCGCCAUUGCUAGCCCUAUGGGGUCGUACAUAUUUUCCGUUAGGGUUAUUGGGUAUAUAUAUGAUAGAAAUGCGGGAGAUGAGAGUUCUUGUAGUGGAACUCAGUGUUUCAUGUCGUCUUUCUUCGCUAUGGCAGUCGUAAGUCUUUUUGGGGCGCUCGUGGCAUUAGGGUUGUUUGUGAAGACGAGGAAGGUUUAUGCUCGGAUCAUGCGUACAAGGAUGUUGGCUUGAUUUUAGUUGCACUACAAAAAAAUGUGUCCGAGGACAAAUCUGUUGGUAAGUAGUACCAAAUAUGCGCUUAUAAAAUAGUUUAUCGGUGGAUUGCCAACGGAUUUCAAAUGUUGGUAAUUCAUCGCUAUUAUUGUCAGAUUUAUAUUCACCCGUAAAUCUGCAUGUAAUUCGCGCAUUUUUUGUAGUGUUAUUUGUGGAAUAUAUUUUUAAAUUGUGGACUCUCAGUGUCACGUGGUCUAGGUCUUUUUAUGUUUUGGGUCUGAAGAAUUCCGGUGGUUGUAUUCAUAUGAUUUGUAAAUUUUUUUGAUGAAGAAUUGAGUUUGGUAAUUAUUUGUAUUGAAUAUUGAUAUAUCUUGAAAUUUGAUCGGAGGGUGAAUAUUGAUUUA